AUGCUCUCGGCCAGGCUUGAGGGAUUGGAGGGAAGGCUACUCCCAGCCGAGAGACUUAGGCCUUCGUUGGCGGCAGACAGAAAGAAGGAAGAGAGGAGGAAGGCAGGAACCAGGGAAGAGAGAGCUCCGUCCUUGCCAAGGAGGGCACCCGUCUCAGUAGCAUCCACAUCCAAAGCGACACUCACUCCUACGGCGCAGAAAAAGGAGACGGCGAAUGUAAUCUUUUUUGUUUUUCUGGUGGGGGAUUACACUCCAUUUGUUUAUGGAAAAAUGGAAUCUGUAUUGGAAGAAGAACUGCUAGAAUCUGAAUUAAUGAUGCUGGAACUGGAACUUAAUUCAGAAGAAGAACUAGAAGGUGCAGUAUCCCCAAAUAUAUUCGGGGUAUAUUUACUGGGCGAUGCAUCAUUUUGCAUUGAGGCGGAACUAGAUGAACUCAGUGUUGUCUAG